AAAACAAAGGAAGAAGAUCGCAAAGACUGGCUUAGGUUGGAUUUCUCAGAGAUGACCCUCCACUGGUUGGCCUCGCAGGUUUGGAGACACCGUGUGGCGGGUGUCACCCUGAUCUUGGGGGUUACUUUUCUUCUUAUACUUGUGGGUACUCACCUAUUGCAGCAUUCAGGCUCUAAUGAUUUUCACAAAGGCUGGAGUGAGACGUCAUUGAAGGAAAGACAGGAACUAGCCGUCAAUGCCAAGCAAAGACCUGCUAACUUAUACCAAGACCACAAAGAGAGAAGGGUCACUCCGUCCUUGGCUGCACAGGCUAAAAAGGACUCCAUACACUUCACUUGGUCAUACAUUCCACCUGUUGUAUUCCUGAAAACACACAAGACAGGAGGCAGCACUGUCCAAAAUGUGCUGUUCCGCAUGGGAGAGAAGGACGGAGCCACUUUUGCUUUCCCCUAUUACACCUACCAGUUCAGCUAUCCAGAUAAAUUCAGGGCAGAUUUUGUGGAUGAGUUGCCAGAAGGUUCUUCCAAUUUUGACAUCCUUUGUAGCCACAUGCGUCUGGACAUAGAAGAGCUGAGACCCAUGAUGCUACCAAACACCAUCUACGUCACCAUCCUUCGUGAUCCUGUACUGACAUUUGAGUCUGUUUUCUCUUGUUACACCUCAACUGUUCCUGCAUUCACCUUAGCCAAAAAGGCAGCAGAGCACAGAUCAGCGUUGUCGAUGUUCCUGGAGUCACCAGAGUCAUUCUGGGAUCCUAAAGAGCCUCGUAAUGGCCUUGCAAAGAAUCCCAUGAGCUUUGAUUUAGGUCUUGACGGCCAGAAGUGGGACUCCUGGCCGACUGACCUGACUCAGCUGGAGGAAACCUUCCAGCUGGUUAUGAUCGCAGAGCACUUUGAUGAGUCCCUGGUCCUCCUGGGGGCUCUGCUGAAGCUGGAGUUGGAGGAAUUAGCCUACGUACACUUCAACACUCGCUCUGCUCAGGAUCUGACUCCACUGGAUGAUAUAACCAAAGCCAAGAUACGAGCCUGGAACAGGAUGGACGUGCUGCUUUAUGACUUUUUCCUCCAUUUGUUCUGGGAGAAGGCAGCACGGUAUGGUAUGGAGAGGUUAAAGAAAGACGUGGCUCGACUGAGGGCUUCCACUGACAGAAUCAGGCAGAAAUGUGUGUCUAGAAAAGAAGUGCCACCUGGGGAACUGGAGGACUUAUUAAGACCCGUGCAGACUGAUUCAGCCACCAUCCUGGGAUAUCAUGUUCAGGGAAACCUGACCAAACAGGAUCAGGGAUUCUGUAUGAGGUUUGUGCUGCCUGAACGUCACUACCAUGCACAUCUGUAUUUCCAGCAGUAUGGCCGGGCCAUGAGGCCUGUGCCGACAGCGUAAUCCAUGCAAGGGAUUGCAUGAAAAUUACAACUGUGAAAGGCAUUCAGAAAAGGGGGAAGCUUGUGUAUUUUUAAUUUCUAUGCAUGAGAGAGUAGUUUAUAUUUUAUGGUAGAGGGUGUUUCAUCUGUUUCUAUUCCAGAAUUAUGCUUGUUUUCAUUAUUCUAGUAAAAAUGACUCAAGCGUCAAGCAUUGUUUGGGUCACUCAUAUGGCGGCUGUAAUAGGCCGAACCAUUUAGCAGGUCUUUGUUAAACAAGACUAAGAGUUCAUGGCCAUGCUAGUAGCUCUGGGAGGCAGCAGUGCUGUAAAGACCCCCGGUAGUGAAAAUCAAAUUUUUUUACCUUAAGAUUUCUAUAUAGUGCUUUUUUUUUAUAUGCACCAUGAGGGAAAUAAACCGUUAUCAACCCCGUGGCUGAGCAUUUCACUCUUGAGACUGCAACGUAUUGAUGACAGUCUCAAAAACAGACUUCUAGAGUUUCAUAAAUAACAAACUAAAGGAAUCAAUCCUGCCAACUUGCAUGGUGAAGUUUUCUGCAUCAUCAUUCUUCAGAAUCAGUUUCUGGUUCCAACAUAUGUGGCUGAAUAACCCCAGUAUUAUUAUAAUUUUGUGUAGUUAGAUGCACAGUGUUUGAGCAGGUAGGAAGGUGAGCUAGUGUGCUUGAGCUGCAGCGAGGGGAGAGGGAUGUAUAGAGCAAGAGACGGGACUUCAUAGAUCUGCAUAUUGUAAAGGAAACAACUGUGUAGUUACAUUUAAGACAUUUUUAAGGCAGGAAGGGAUUAUUUAUAUGGAAAAAACGUCUAAAUGCCCUACACUGAUAGAGAGAGAGGCGUUUUUAGGGUUUAAUCAAUGAAAGAGGAGAGAACUUAAUCAUUUUCUUAUUCAGUAAACUCUUUAUUUAAAUAAAAGCCGAGAAAAACAAUCCAGCCUUUAAGAAUAAUUUCAGUAAGUUUUGUAAUUUUUCCUUUUUUUCUUAACUUUACAAGUUUCAUACCCACAAAAGACUUCUUUCAGUAUUUCUUUUAAGAGUCACAUGUUCCCAAGAAUUCAAUUUUCUAAUCCAUCCAAAGUGCAGCAUCCCAUCACAUGAUCUGAAGCAGUGAGAGGCUGUGUGUCAACGCUUGCUUGAACUUUGCCUCUAGGAUGAAUAUGCGGUUUGAUAUUCCUUCAUGUAAACCGAUAAAGUAAAAUCACCCCUUGUACCUUUUUCUGGCUGAAUUAGCAUAGUUCGAGAUGACGACAGAAAAAAAAAUCAGAAUUCAAAGUCCUCCAAUGGAAUGAUAUUAAAAC